UUAAAUGAUAGACCACCACAAAGACACAUACAUCACAAGAAACAAUGUCCCUUCCCUUCCAUUCUUGUGACUUUUUUUUUCCUUCUUGGGCUUCCUUAGAGAUCUUCUUCUGUGGAUGAUGCCCUAGUUUGCUUUGCUUGGAGGGAAUGCGAUUGAUCGAUCUAUCCAUUGAUAGAUUGAUCAUCUCUGGUAGGUUUUGCGAGCUGGAUUGAGAGGGGAUGAGGAGGAAUGAGCGUUGGAGGAGGUGAUUGAGCUUUGUUGUCAGGGGGGUUGUUGUCAUCUUUGCUUUUUGGUUCUGGUUCUGCUGGUUCGGUGGGGCUGCGAGGAGGAGGAUGGAUGCUGGGUCUGGCCGUGGGGUGAGCAACCCUAGAGGUGUUCGCGUUCAGGCCCCGCUGGUCGAUUCUGUAACAUGCUAUUGUAGGGUAGAUGCAGGAUUGAAAACCGUUGUUGGUGCUAGAAAAUUUGUUCCAGGAGCUAAGUUAUGUAUCCAGCCUGAUAUAAUACCCAACAGAGCAAAGUCUCGGAGCUCACGCAAGGAGAGGAGCAGAAAUCAGGCGCCACUUUUACCUGGUCUUCCAGAUGAUCUUGCAAUUUCUUGCCUAAUCCGAGUUCCUAGAGUUGAGCACCAAAACCUUAGACUGGUUUGCAAGAGGUGGAAUCGCCUUUUGUCUGGGAACUACUUUUACUCCCUCAGACAAAAGCUUGGAAUGGCUGAGGAAUGGGUUUAUGUCAUUAAAAGAGAUCGGGAUGGGAAGAUAUCUUGGCAUGCUUUUGACCCUAUCUACCAACUCUGGCAGCCUCUUCCACCUAUUCCUGGAGAUUAUUCAGAAGCGCUUGGUUUUGGCUGUGCUGUUCUCAGUGGUUGUAACCUGUACUUGUUUGGUGGUAAAGAUCCGCUGAGAGGCUCUAUGAGGCGUGUCAUCUUUUAUAAUGCCCGGACAAAUAAAUGGCACCGUGCUCCAGAUAUGCUCCGCAAGCGGCACUUCUUUGGUUCAUGUGUUAUAAAUAACUGUAUCUAUGUUGCUGGUGGUGAAUGUGAAGGUAUUCAAAGAACUUUGCGUUCCGUUGAGGUAUAUGAUCCCAAUAAAGGCAAAUGGAGUUUGGUUGCUGACAUGAGCACCGCAAUGGUGCCCUUUAUCGGUGUUGUUCACGAAGGCAAGUGGUUCCUCAAAGGUCUUGAUUCUCAUCGGCAGGUUACAAGCGAAGUGUAUGCACCUACAACUAAUAAUUGGUCUAUUGUUAGCGAUGGGCUGGUUACAGGAUGGCGUAAUCCAAGCAUUUCAUUCGAUGGGAGACUUUAUGCUCUGGACUGCAGAGACGGCUGCAGGCUCAGGGUAUACGAUGGAGCUACAGAUUCGUGGAACAAAUCCGUGGAUAGCAAACUCCAUCUGGGUAGCUCCCGAGCCCUGGAAGCUGCCGCGCUUGUUUCAAUCAACGGGAAACUCUGUAUUAUCCGAAAUAAUAUGAGCAUCAGUCUUGUUGACAUACUGAAUCAUGGGGCUGGCGUGGGACCUAACAGUUCUCUUAUCUGGGUAACUAUUGCUGGGAAAGGCCAACUUAAGACCUUCAUGACAAACUUGUGGUCAAGCAUUGCAGGGCGGAACGGCCUUAAAAGUCACAUUGUUCACUGCCAAGUUCUUCAGGUCUAAUAAUUGAAGGGAUUGCAAAAGAGUACCUUUAUCUGUCAGAGAAUGAACAAGCGGCCGAGCUUUGGAAGAAGUCUUUGUUGAGAGGUUAUAUAUGAUCCAACAUCCAACAUAAGAUUGUUUCUUGUGCUAAUAUAUACUUCUCUUCUGAAAGCGAUGGAAUCAUUUUAGACACCUGAAAACAAAUCAUUUUUGUUCGAUAUGAAACAUGAGGAUGGAAGGGGCCAUCAUCAUUCGAUGGUUUUGAAGUUUGCAUUUAGGUGUUCUUUGGAGGUGAAAAUGUUGAGAAAAACAAAACUGGGAGAUGAGAUGUAUAAUUCUCUCCAGUUGGCAUUAUAUAGUUCGGUAGGCUGUGUUUCUGUUGUGAAAACAUGUAGGAAAGAGAAAUAGAGUUGUAGAUUUCAGCUGGGGAAUGUAAUUUUUAUGAAUUCAGAUCAGUUUAUCAUUGCUGGGAUAUAUAUAUAUAUAUAUAUAGGAUCUUUAGAGCA